CUCUUCUGCCUAUAAAUUAAACGUUUCACAAUGACACAUUUCACCAAACAGCCAUGGCUAAGUUUCAUAUUUUGAUUGCCUUAGUAGCACUCACUUCUACCCUAGUCACCAUUGAUGGACAAUUCAUCAGUGAUUGGCAAGAUGCUCAUGCAACAUUUUAUGGUGACAUGACUGGUAGAGAAACCAUGCAAGGAGCUUGUGGCUAUGGUGACCUUUUCAAACAAGGUUAUGGUCUUGAGACAACAGCACUAAGCACAGCACUAUUCAACAACGGCCAAACUUGUGGUGCUUGCUUUAGGAUAGCAUGCGUUGAUUCACCUCAGUGGUGCAUACCUCAUUCUCAUAUUACAGUUACAGCCACUAAUUUUUGUCCUCCAAAUUACUCCAAACCUGAUGGAAACUGGUGCAAUCCGCCACAAAAGCAUUUCGAUCUGUCUAUGCCUAUGUUCUUGAAGAUUGCUCAGUACAAAGCGGGGAUUGUGCCUGUUCGUUUUCGCAGAGUUCCUUGUAUCAAAACUGGAGGAGUCAAGUUUGAGGUGAAGGGAAAUCCCUAUUGGGCUCUUGUGUUGUUGUACAAUGUUGGAGGAGCAGGUGAUGUUGUUAAUGUCAAAAUCAAGGGCUCUAGCACUGACUGGCAGCAAAUGUCUCGCAACUGGGGUCAAAAUUGGCAGACCGGAAUCAACUUAGUUGGCCAAGCUUUGUCUUUCCAAGUGACCACCAGUGAUAACAAAGUGUUGCAGUUUGAUAACGUUGCUCCUACAAAUUGGCAGUUUGGGCAAACUUUUGAGGGAAGACAAAACUUCUGAGUGUAUAAACUCAACUGCUUAUAGAUGCAUUUGUCUAGAAAAUAUUGGUUGCAUAUAGCAAUUUCACUAAUUGUUAAAACUAAAUAAUGAAAUAUACUUUUUUACAUAUUUAAUGAGGUAUACUUUUCUAUGAACAUUUUUCUUGUACUUUGUGCAUUCAACAAUAUAUUCUGCAAUCCCAUAUAGGCGUAGACAAAUUAUUCUAACAUAGAACAUAGUUUGGUACAAGAAAAAUUCAGUCAACUCCAGACAGAUUAUUGGUACUCCCUAUUGGGGAGACUAAAAUGAUAAUAUAACAACAAUUUUCAUAUUCGAUAAGUAAUAUGAUGUACAGACACAAACAGAGAAGAGAGCAGCAUCUUAUGACCUUUUCGAAAGCACUCUUCCAUAGUCUAUAUACAAUUCAACACUUCACUUCCAAUCAAGCAUGUCCAAUAGCCACAAAACUUCCUCCUUGGAAUUUGCAGCAUCACAGAAAUCCAUUUGAAUCCCGAAAACAUCAAGGGCACCAUCAUUGCCUUCGCUGCUUCCAUCUUCCAUAAAAAGCAAAGAGAUCCAUGCCCGGAUGCUCGAAGAAAAAGGGUACACAGGAGCAAACUCAAGGUAGUCAAAUGCCAUGGCCCUAAAUGCUGUCCGAUCAAUAUAAUCAAACAUA